UUGAUAAUUUGAAUAUUAAUAUAGUACAUUGAUAUGGAAUAUGUGAAUAUGAUAUGGAAUGGUUUUGGAGAUUAAAAUUUUCAUAAAAGUUUUCUUAAUUUAAUGUUCUGUUAUUGAUUAAAUUUAAGUAUAGUAUUCUAAAGAUAAUGUGUGUUACAUUUCACACUGGCAAUAAAAUAUAGAUAGAUGUACUAUAUAUUAAGCUUAUUAAUAAAUGUAUGAAAUUGCUACUUCUCAUAUUGUGUUGCAAUGUGAUGCCUUGUUGCCAAUGGUAAUUGUUGUUUUAGCAAAUUUUUAAAAGUGCAUUUGUUCAUGAAUGCUCAUUCAUUACCUAUCGUUUUUUGGAAAAUAUUCACAUUAUUUGUUUAAUUUUAUUGUUUUAUGUAGACAUUUUCUCUUUUUUAUAAUAAAUUAUGAAAAUUGAAAGAAUUUUUUUAUAGCAAAACACAGUUUUAACCCUCAGUUUGUGAAAUGUUAUUCCAGAUGGCAAAAAAAUGUAUUCAAGUCAUGUGUUAAGUUUCUACUCUAACUAAAUCUUACUCUUUGUCUAUCCUGUGUGAUGUAGACUAAAACAAGGACAUGUAUUGUUUGUUGUUAAAAAAAGUAGCUAAGAAUAUAUAAAUUAAAACCACAGAUUUAAAUAGUUGCAGGCUGCUAUUACUAUUCUAUGUAUAUAUUAUAAGUACCCUAGUUACUUCUUGUCAUUAUAUUUUUUAUAUUCAAUUGAAAUUAAUUUACAAUACAGAAAUAAACAAUAUGGCUACAAUUAGUACAAGAGCUAAAUCACCACUCCGAUCUGAGGCAAUUAUUAAAGCUCUCCAGCGAGGGCCAGUUUAUGACACAGGAGUUCUUUUAGGUAACUGGGUUGAGGAUAGAAUAGAAUGUCCCAAACGCGGAACAUUAUAUUUUCCACCUAAAGAAGAGAUUGAUUAUGAACAACUAAAGCCCGAAUCACGACAACCCGAUUUUCGACUGAAUAAAUUAAACAGUUUACAGGGCAACGUUCAUUCAAUAAUUCGACACGACAGUCACGAUUCGUGCAACAACUACGCAACCACAACAGACUUGGUAUACAACCAUCUACCGAAGCCUUUGUGUGGACCGCAACAGCGUUAUUACAAACGUAGUGCUCAUCAAUUCUAUCCCCAACCGGAUUUAUUUAAAUGUUUUGGAAAUGUAACUGAAUGGGGUCUAAGAAAAUAUCUACAACACGAAUGGAAAUGUACUGAUGUGUCUGAUUACGCUUCCACCUUUUAUGAAGAUACUUAUGUACCGCCACAACCCCAUCAAUAUCUCCAGCGGUGCGAAAGAAGGGCACGCAAUUCGUAAGUUAUAGUUUGUUACGAAUUUGUUUCAGCAGUAUAAGUGGCAAUCAUGAUAAAAUAUUUAAUUUAAGGGUUUCACACACAAUAAUAGGAUUUA